AUGGCCUCCACUCGUGUCCUCGCCUCCAGACUCGCCACUCAGAUGGCCACCAAGGCCGCCCGCCCUGCGGUGCGCGUCUCUGCCAUGCCCAAGCGCACCAUCACUGGCUUCUCCAGCCCCCUCCAGGCUGUCAAGCGCCAGCAGGCUACCACCAUCAAGUCCUCCAAGGUCUUCACCCAGGUCCAGGCCAAGCGCGCCUACUCUUCUGAGAUCGCCCAGGCCAUGGUCGAGGUCUCCAAGAACUUGGGUAUGGGUUCCGCCGCCAUCGGUCUUACCGGUGCUGGUAUCGGUAUCGGUCUGGUCUUCGCCGCCCUCCUCAACGGUGUUGCCCGCAACCCUGCCCUCCGUGGCCAGCUCUUCUCCUACGCCAUUCUUGGUUUCGCUUUCGUCGAGGCCAUCGGUCUUUUCGAUCUCAUGGUUGCCCUCAUGGCCAAGUUCGUGCGUCAUCACCAAUCCAUUCUCAUCUCAUCGAGACUCAUCAAAGCUAACAACUACGAUAGACGUAAGCGAUUUAUUUCGCACUGGCGAGCUGGGGAGAGGCAAGGAGACAGUUUUCGGACGGAGCUGUGCUCUCUUGACCGCCAUCUCCUCUUGGGACAGGUUCGCCUAUGGUCACGCAAUGGAGCAUCAUCCACUCCACACUGCGUGACGAGCUAG